CUCAACUAAUUCCCAUCCCAAAUCAAAUCCGCCAUGGAAACCCUAAAAACCUCAGUGGCUUACCUUCUUCCGCUUCUUCUUCUUCUCACAGCAUUCCUCGGCACAUCCGUCGGAGCAGGCGCCGGCGGCGACUACGAUCUGUCGGAAUUCAACCGGAGCAGCUUCCCGCCGGGAUUCUUCUUCGGAGCGGCGUCGGCGGCCUAUCAAUACGAAGGAGCUGCAGCUAUCGAUGGGAAGGGCCCCAGCAUUUGGGAUACCUACACCCAUAAAUAUCCAGAAAAAAUAACGGACAGAAGUAAUGGGGAUGUAGCCCUUGACAUGUACCAUCGAUACAAGGAUGACAUUAAAUUGAUGAAGUCGCUGAGGUUGGAUGCUUUCAGAAUGUCUAUUUCAUGGCCAAGAAUCUUACCUACCGGAAAGCUAAAUAAUGGAAAAGGAAUCAACCAGAAAGGAAUUGACUACUACAGAAAUUUCUUCCUUGAAUUGAAAGCAAAUGGUAUAGUUCCAUAUGUGACACUAUUUCAUUGGGACGUUCCCCAAGCCCUUGAGGACGAGUACAAAGGUUUUUUAAGCCCAAACAUUCUAAAUGAUUUUAAGGAUUUUGCGGAUGUUUGUUUCCAUCACUUUGGCGAUCUUGUUAAGAACUGGAUGACACUGAACGAGCCACUAAGUUUCGCCAAUGCCGGAUAUGACGGGGGAUUCGUUGGACACCAUGCACCCGGGCGGUGCUCCAAGGAUUGCCCAGAAGGGAACUCAGCCACGGAACCCUACAUCGUAGCUCACCAUUUGCUUCUUGCUCAUGCCAAAGUUGUCAAAUUAUACAAACAAAAAUACCAGGCUGUCCAAAAGGGCAAAAUAGGGAUAGUGUUAGUGUCGCAUUGGUUCGAACCGAGAAAUCGCACCGACCCUCAAGAUAUCAAGGCAGCUCGAAGAGUUAUUGAUUUUAUAUUUGGAUGGUUUAUUCAUCCUCUAGUAUACGGAAGUUAUCCAAAAACUAUGAUUGACAUUGUGGGAAGCAGAUUGCCAAAAUUCACACCCGACCAAGUUAAAUUGUUAAUAGGAUCCUUCGAUUUCUUGGGAGUGAAUUAUUACACAGGAAAUUAUGCAUCCAACGUUCGCUCUCAAAAUGGGAUUCUCUCCAACACUAAUGACAAGAUGGCCAAUCUCUCGACUACUGAUAUUAACGGAGUCAGCAUAGGAAAACCGACAGGGGUGAAAAUAUUUUUUUCAUUUCCUCAAGGGCUACGAGAACUUCUACUCUACAUCAAGAAGAAUUACAAAAAUCCUACCAUUAUCAUUACCGAAUCAGGUAUCGGUGAUCAACUCGGAACAAGUGUAGAAGAAAGCACAAAUGAUCCUCAAAGAAUCGAUUUCUACAACACUCAUCUCAACGCUGUUCGAGAAGCAAUAGCCAAGGGUGUGAACGUGAAGGGAUUCUUUGCGUGGACGUUUAUGGACUGCUUCGAGUGGGCCGCCGGCUACACAUUGCGCUUCGGGUUGGUCUACACUAACUACAAUGACAAUCUCAAGAGAAUUCCUAAGAGAUCCGCAUUGUGGGUAAGGAAAGGUCUCGCCAAGAAAUAAUUAUGACAGCGCUCAUGCAUCACGAUGCUUCGGAUAGUUGUUGGUUGAUUGUGUUCUUCUUACCUUAUGAUGUUUGAUGCAUAUCCAUGUGUUCAUGUUAUUUGUUGUUGAAAAAUUGUAAUUUGAAUAAUAAAAUCAACCGAUUCGAAGUUAUUUUCA